CGCGACGUGUUCUGUGCCAAAUUGCGACGUCACAUUUUGGGACGGGAUACUGGUUAUGGGGCAGGAAAGAAAAUUUUACGCCAAAAGUAAGGACUCAGCCGAUUGGAUAAAAAUACAAGUAUUGUGAAUUUUCGCUUGUGGCUUUUUUAUUUAAUGGACAUUUCCGUGUUUGCCGCGCGUUAGAGACUCAGCUGUCAACAAACAUGUGGCGGUUCCUGGUGAUGUUGCUGUUUGUCUUUCCCACGGAACCCUUGCCGAGUUUGGUGAAGUGCCCUACCCUGCGAGGACCGGACCACGGGACCCUGUCCCUGCGCUUGAGGGCAACCACCGGAUUCCUAGAGGCCCGUUUCCAGUGUUCCGCGGGUUACAGGCUGAAAGGCAGCCGCUCGUCUCUCUGUGUGGAUGGACUCUGGAGCGACUCCGUCCCUCUCUGCAUCCCUACCAAAGAUGAGAAGGACAAGAUGUCGGCGCCUUUUCACCGGGGUGAGAAGAAUUCUUAUGUGACUGAGGGCUCAACAGAAAUAAUAUCCAGUGAGCCCCCUGCAGACGCGAGUGAAAUGUUGGCCGAUGCUCUCGAUCCUGCAGCUGACACUCGAGCUAAGCGUGGUCCCAGAAGGAAGAAUCACAAGAAGAAGGGCAAAGGCCGCCGCCUCAGAACGAGAUCUCACGAGAACCAGAUCUUGGCCGUCUCACCGGCGCACCUCAACAAAACCAUGGCCGCUCGACUCGACCUCAGCUGCCUCUUGGGACGCGGUCUGCUCAAGGCUCCGGACCUCCCCAACACUUCCGGUGCAAAAUAUACGAGACGCAAGAACCCGGAGAAGCCGCACAACCGAUACCUGGCGGCCGUGUACAAGUGCCGAGAGGGAUACAGCCUGCAGGAUCCGUCAGUGGACCGCCUGUACUGCAGUGAGGACAAGUGGGUGGGCGAGGAACCAGUCUGCACUGCCACAAAUGUGUCAGUGGGCUGGUGUUCAGAGAACAGAGGGGGCUGUGACCACAUAUGUGAGGAAGUGGCUGGCAAGCCCAAGUGCUCAUGCUAUCAGGGCUUCAAACUGCAUGGAAUCAGCUCGUGUGUGGAUAUUGAUGAAUGUGCUGUAGAGAAUGGCAUGUGCCAGUCUCUGUGUCUCAAUAUCCCUGGCUCCUUCAGCUGUGCCUGUCAACAAGGAUUCCGCCUGGCAGCCAAUGGGAGGUCCUGUCUUGAUGUGAAUGAGUGCUUGCUGAGGAAUGGACAUGGUCCCUGCCAGGACUUGUGCCACAAUCUGCCAGGAAGAUACGAGUGCAGCUGUGAUGGUAUCCCUGGCACCCACCUGGCAGCAGACAACCACACUUGUGAGGAUGUGGAUGAGUGUGCCCAGGAAAAUGGAGGUUGCUCCCACUCCUGUCUCAACACUCUCAGUAGCUUCUUCUGCCUCUGCCCACAUGGUCUCAUGCUUGGUGAUGAUUACAAGACCUGCCAAGACAUUGAUGAGUGUGACAUGGAAGACAUCAAAUGCCCUCUGGGAUGUGUGAAUACCAUCGGGUCUUAUACCUGUGCCGAGAAGAUCACCCUGUUGAAUGGCCCUGAAGAUGACCCUGGAAAGUGCAGUAUGGGUUAUAAACCUAACAAAGAUGGCUACUGUGUUGAUAUAGAUGAAUGUCUGGAGGAAGACCCAGGCUGCUCACAUGACUGUGAAAAUGAGUCUGGCGGAUUCCAGUGCACAUGUCCUGAAGGCUAUGACAUUGGCGAUGACGACAAAACCUGUGAAGAUCUGAAUGAGUGUGAAGAGGAAGAGGAAGAUACUUUCAUCUGUUCUCAUGAGUGUGUAAACGAAAUUGGCAGCUUCCAUUGUGAGUGUCCUGCUGGUUUCCAUUUGGGAGCUGACAGAAGGACUUGUGAGGAAGUCAGUGUGUGUAAUGAGGUACAGCAGGCAGAGUGUUCACAUGACUGCAUUAAUGAGCACGGAGUUUUCAAGUGUAUCUGUCCCAGGGGAUUUGUUUUAGAAGACAAUCUCAGGUCAUGCAGGGAUAUAGAUGAAUGCAAAACAAAUAAGCCUUGUUCCCAUAUCUGUAUUAACGUUCCUGGCAGUUUUAAUUGUUCUUGUCCUAGUGGUUUCUUCUUGAAGGAUGAUUCCCAGACAUGUGAAGAUGUGAAUGAGUGUCAUAUGAUUGUAGAUGAUGAUGAAACAGGCAUGCUGUGUUCUCAUCAUUGUGUCAAUGAGCCUGGAAGCUUCAGGUGUAAGUGUCCUGCAGGUUAUAUUCUCAGUGAUGACUUGAGGACUUGCAGAGAUAUUGAUGAGUGUAUUGAUCUUGAAAACGAAACAGGUGAGAGAUGUUCUCAUGAAUGUAUUAAUGAACCUGGGAGUUUCCAUUGUAAAUGUCCUCAGGGAUUUCUACUUAGUACAGAUCGGAGGACUUGUAAGGAUGUAGAUGAGUGUCUCGGUAGUAAUGGGGAAAAUGACACAGGUGACCGUUGUUCACAUAAGUGUGUUAACCUACCUGGAAGUUUUAAAUGUGUGUGUCCUGAAGGAUAUGCUCUUGGAGAUGAUGACAGUACUUGUGAGGACAUUGAUGAGUGCACAAAUAAUUCAUCUGCAUGUUCUCAUACAUGUGUAAACAAGCGUGGUACUUUCUACUGUAAAUGUCCAAAGGGCUAUAAUCUAGGUGAAGAUAUGAGGACUUGUAAAGACAUCGAUGAGUGUGCUGAAGAGCCAUGUUCCCACUGGUGUAACAAUGAGCCAGGUAGUUUUAGAUGUGAGUGUCCACAUGGAUAUGUGCUAAGUGGUGAUAGGCGCACAUGUGAAGAUGUCAAUGAAUGUGUUGAUGGAAACGAAAUUGAAGCAUGUUCACAGGGUUGUGUUAAUGAGCAGGGCAGUUUUCACUGCACAUGUGACUCUGGGUAUCAGCUCGCAGCAAAUGGACGUCUCUGUGAAGACAUCAAUGAAUGCAUGGUCAAUAAUGGAGGUUGUUCACAUCUGUGUGCAAAUACUGAUGGUGGCUUGGAGUGUGCUUGCCCAGAGGGACAUCGUCUGCUUGCAGAUGAUGGUAAGACGUGUGUCCAGGUGGAUGGCUGUGUCGUUGACAAUGGUGGUUGCUCACAUUUCUGUACUGGUGAUAACGAAGCAGUCCAGUGUAGCUGUCCAAAUGGAUACAAGUUAUCAGAGAUUGACCACAAGACAUGUCAUGAUGUAGAUGAGUGUCAGCUAGAUGGUUCUGACUGUUCACAUGAAUGUGUCAACACUGAGGGGAGUUAUUUCUGUACGUGUCCACAGGGCUACCGUCUUGAGAUGAAUGAUUCAAAGUCAUGUGAGGAUGUAAAUGAAUGUGCAGUACAUAAUGGAGGGUGUUCACACCGCUGUAUUAACAUUGAAGGGUCAAGAAACUGUACAUGUGAAAUAGGCUUUCAAGUGCAGCAUGAUGAUCUGACAAAAUGUGAAGACAUAGAUGAAUGUAGUGCAACCAUUGGUCCUUGUUCUCAUGAAUGCAUUAACAGUCAAGGUAGCUUCUACUGUGCUUGUCCUGUAGGAUUCAAAAUGAAAGAUGAUAACACAACAUGUGAAGAUGUGAAUGAAUGCCUGACAGAUGACCUUGGGGGUUGUUCCCAUAUUUGUCAUAACACUCAUGGAAGCUUUGACUGUGACUGCCCUCAAGGUUAUGUUCUUGCUGGAAAUCAGACAUGUGCAGAUAUUGAUGAAUGUUUCCUUAGCUAUCAAGAAGGUGGAUGCUCUGAUGAUUGUAAAAACACUGCUGGUAGCUUUGUAUGUCUGUGUCCCCAAGGAUAUGGUUUAGCGAGAGAUGGCAAGACCUGUACAGAUGUGGAUGAGUGUCUUGAGGACAUAGGCGGCUGUUCCCAUGUCUGUUUGAAUACUGCAGGCAGUUUCCACUGCAAAUGUCCAGAAGGUUACCACCUAGAUGAAGAUUUUAAAAAUUGUUUGGACAUAGGUGAUUGCCUCCAUGACAAUGGGGGAUGUUCCCACAAAUGUGUCAACUUACUUGGGGGUUUAAAGUGUGAAUGUCCUGAUGGACACCAGCUUGAUGGUGUUACAAACACUACAUGCAUCACAAGUAAUAAGUGUGCCCGGUGUUCUCACACAUGUGUAAAUGGAAAGUGUACAUGUCCUUCUGGUUACAUCAUAGAUAGUAGUGAUGGCAGGACAUGUGUUGAUACUGAUGAAUGCUUGGAUGGCACCUACAGUGAGUGUUCACAUGAAUGCCUGAACACAAUUGGCAGUUACAUAUGUGCUUGUCCAAUUGGAUAUAUUCUUGGGGAAGAUAGUAGGACUUGUCAGGACGUAGAUGAAUGUUUGACAGAGAAUGGAAGAUGUUCAUAUUAUUGUAUAAACACUGUUGGGAGUUACAGGUGUGGAUGUCCAAUUGGUUAUUUCAUUGAUGAUGAAUCUGGAAGGAUUUGUGUAGAUGUUGACGAAUGUCGAGUGCGAAAUGGCGGCUGUUCUCACACCUGUACUAACACUCCAGGAAGCUUCCACUGCAGCUGUGCAGUAGGCUUCAGAACAGCGCCAGAAGACCACAGGAAAUGCACAGACCUAAAUGAAUGUUCUAUGAGGAACGGGGAAUGUUCUCAUGAGUGUAUCAACACCGCAGGAAGCUACAGGUGUGAGUGCCCCCAUGGAUAUCGCCUGCUGGAGGGUGGGAAGCAGUGCAGGAAGGAUAUGUCAUGUCAUGUUGACAAUGGUGGUUGCUCCCAGCUGUGCAAAAGUGUAUCUGGUCAUGUCAUGUGUUCCUGCCUCCCUGGAUACCACCUCAUGGCCGAUGGUUUGACGUGCAAGGAUGUUGAUGAGUGUGAAGAAGACGAGCAACAUGGUUGCCAACAUUUCUGUGUAAAUUUUCCAGGUUCCUAUGAGUGUGGGUGUAAAGAUGGUUUUCACAAGAUGGGCAACAAAUGCACAGAUAUUGACGAAUGCAGAACAGGAGUAUGCGAGGGAAAAUGUGUGAACACUGUGGGGUCUUUCUAUUGCCAAUGUGAGAAAGGAUAUCAUCUGCAGGGUGGUGUCUGUGUGGAUAUAGAUGAAUGUUCAGAGAAUGUGUUCUGCAAUGGUAAAUGUCUUAACACCAUGGGAUCCUACCGCUGUCUUUGUGAUCCAGGAUAUCAUCAGCAUGAAGGCCAGUGUAUCGAUAUCGACGAGUGCGAAAGGCACAAUGGUGGCUGUAGCCAGGAAUGUGUCAACACAGCUGGAUCCUACCACUGCAGUUGUCAUGUGGGCUACAAACUGCACACCAGGGACAGGACAAAAUGUGUGGACAUCAAUGAAUGCAUGGAGACACGAAAUGGUGGGUGCAACAUGGACUGCAUCAAUACCCAGGGAAGCUUCUUUUGUGCCUGCAGUGACAGCUACAUACUGGACACAGAUGAGCGUACCUGCAUAGAGAGAGAAGCUGGUUGCAUUAGUUUGGCUGUGCCUGAACAUGGAGAAGUACGUUGUCCAGGUCACCCACCUGAAACCAAGUAUCCACCAGGUGCGGAAUGUCAUAUACGCUGUUCAAAAAACCACAAGCUGAAUGGUCCUCAUGCACGUCGCUGUGGGAAGGAUGGAAGAUGGUCAGGUGACAUCUCCGUGUGUGUUCCUUCAGAUGCCCCACAACCAUUCAUCCAGUGUCCACGAGAUAUUAAAAUCGAUCUUCCGCCUCAUCAAAACUUCAUUCAUGUGAGAAUUCCUCAGCCCAAGUCAAACAUGGAUUGGUGGAGGUAUGUGGAUUCAAUCCCUGCUUGGGGCAAGGAACUAGAGGCAGAUCUGUAUCCUGGAAAGACAGAAGUCACAUUCUGGGCCCACAGUCCUGUUAGCAACAGUUCAGCUUCUUGUAGUGUGAUUGUCUAUGUGAGAGAUAAUGAAAGCCCACGUGUGAGAGACUGUCCCCAGUCAUUUGAGGUACAGCUGCUGCCUGGUGAGGCAUCUAGGACUGUUUCCUGGAUUGAACCCAUUUUCACUGACAAUGUGGGAGUGGAUCGAGUAUAUAAAUCUAAGGAACCAGGGCAACAGAUGUCUCCCGGGUUACAUCAUGUAAACUAUUUGGCUCACGAUGCUGCAGGCAAUAGGGCAAAGUGCCACUUCUCGGUGCAUGUUAAAGAUGGCGAUUUAUGGAAGGAAAUGCCUCCUCAUGUUGGUGGCUAUGCCAGGAAGACUGUUGUAUGUCCGAAGAGACCAGUAGCAGUGAACAGUGCCAUUACAAGCCUCCCGUGGCAGCUGCCAGCAGGAUGCUUCAUCCGUCGCACACGGACACAGGUAAUAGCUGGGACCUUCACUGUUCAUCAGGGUGGUAUUCCAGCUUAUAAUGACAACUCAGCCAGCACUAACACAGAUCGUCAGCUGCGACAUUACAAUGGGCAACAGCCACGACGAUCCAAAAAUUGGCAGAACCAAAGAAUAGGGGCUUCUCAGAACCACAGACGACACUGCUGUUCAUAGUGGGAUGUGCGCUAAAUCUUUUUCAGUGAAUGAAUAAACAUGAAAGAAACAGAACUGUAACUUACAGAAACAGAAGACUAGUGAAUGACUGUGUGUGCCAUAUGUUUGUAAGAGUUGUUUCCCAAAUGUUCUUGAAAAUAUUAAGUAAUGUUUUUAUAUGCUAAACUAAUUUUUAUUUUAAAGUAAAAUAAAUAAAAACUGACUAGACAGAUACUAAUAUUAUAAGAACACCAACUGG